AUGAUUCCAAAUUUAAAAAGAGGUCUAAUUGAAUCAUUGCAAACAGUUUUGCGUGAAAAUAAUCACCUCAUACAGAGCUUUAGAUCUAAUCUGGAGUCGAUGUCGUUUGAUGAGUUGCAAAACUUUAAGUUAAUUAUUCAUGCUGACAGAGUUCCUCAAGAUGAACACAGAGGUCAAUAUAAUGCACCUACCAUCGAUGAAGUAGCUGUAUUAUUAGUUAAUGAAGAUAAAGGUCCCAGAGAUAUAGUUCUGCAUGGUCGGAGUGGACACUUGAGUCGAGUUUCCGAAUUGAAUAGAUCUUAUAAUGCACUGCAAUAUCCAUUGAUGUAUACUAGAGGCGAAGACGGUUAUCACAUUAAUAUAUUACAGGAAAAUAACCAAAAUCGAACCAAAACUGUAUCCUGCAUGCAAUUUUAUUCUUAUAGGUUUAUGGUUAGAGAAACAAGUCUAAAUCAUCUACAUUAUUACAAAACAUUAUUCAGCCAAUUCGCCGUAGAUAUGAUGGCAAAAAUGAUUUCUGAAAGACUACACUUUAUUCGUAACCAUCAAAAACAACUACGUGCGGAUGUUUAUGUUCACCUCCGAGAUGCUGUUAACAAUGAUGCAAAUAUUAAUGCUAAUAACGUGGGGCAACAAUUUGAUUGUUGGUUUCAAAUGUCCAAUGUGGAUUUUGAUCGUCCCAGUAACGGUUAUUCUGCUUAUUAA